CUAACUUACGCCUCGGGGAUCAGAGAGAAGCGAGGUUCUCGUUCUGAGGGACAGGCUUGAGAUCGGCUGAAGAGAGCGGGCCCAGGCUCUGUGAGGAGGCAAGGGAGGUGAGAACCUUGCUCUCAGAGGGUGACUCAAGUCAACACAGAGAACCCCUCUUUUCUACAGACACAGUGGGUCGCAGGAUCUGACAAGAGUCCAGGAGCUCCAGGGACUGUGAGGUGAGGCCUUGGUCUAAGGCAGUGUUUUCAGGUCACAGAGCAGAAAGGGCCCAGACAGUGCCAGGAGUCAAGGUUCUCAGGGGACAGGGAGAGCAAGAGGUCAAGAGCUGUGGGACACCACAGAGCAGCACUGAAGGAGAAGACCUGCCUGUGGGUCCCCAUCGCCCAAGUCCUGCCCACACUCCCACCUGCUACCCUGAUCAGAGUCAUCAUGCCUCGAGCUCCAAAGCGUCAGCGCUGCAUGCCUGAAGAAGAUCUUCAAUCCCAAAGUGAGACACAGGGCCUCGAGGGUGCACAGGCUCCCGUGGCUGUGGAGGAGGAUGCUUCAUCAUCCACUUCCACCAGCUCCUCUUUUCCAUCCUCUUUUCCCUCCUCCUCCUCUUCCUCCUCCUCCUCCUGGUAUCCUCUAAUACCAAGCACCCCAGAGGAGGUUUCUGCUGCUGAUGAGACACCAAAUCCUCCCCAGAGUGCUCAGAUAGCCUGCUCCUCCCCCUCGGUCGUUGCUUCCCUUCCAUUAGAUCAAUCUGAUGAGGGCUCCAGCAGCCAAAUGGAGGAGAGUCCAAGCACCCUACAGGCCCUGGCAGACAGUGAGUCUUUACCCAGAAGCGAGAUAGAUGAAAAGGUGACUGAUUUGGUGCAGUUCCUGCUCUUCAAGUAUCAAACGAAGGAGCCGAUCACAAAGGCAGAAAUACUGGAGAGUGUCAUAAAAAAUUAUGAAGACCACUUCCCUUUGUUGUUUAGUGAAGCCUCCGAGUGCAUGCUGCUGGUCUUUGGCAUUGAUGUAAAGGAAGUGGAUCCCACUGGCCACUCCUUUGUCCUUGUCACCUCCCUGGGCCUCACCUAUGAUGGGAUGCUGAGUGAUGUUCAGAGCAUGCCCAAGACUGGCAUUCUCAUACUUAUCCUAAGCAUAAUCUUCAUAGAGGGCUACUGCACCCCUGAGGAGGUCAUCUGGGAAGCACUGAAUAUGAUGGGGCUGUAUGAUGGGAUGGAGCACCUCAUUUAUGGGGAGCCCAGGAAGCUGCUCACCCAAGAUUGGGUGCAGGAAAACUACCUGGAGUACCGGCAGGUGCCUGGCAGUGAUCCUGCACGGUAUGAGUUUCUGUGGGGUCCAAGGGCUCAUGCUGAAAUUAGGAAGAUGAGUCUCCUGAAAUUUUUGGCCAAGGUAAAUGGGAGUGAUCCAAGAUCCUUCCCACUGUGGUAUGAAGAGGCUUUGAAAGAUGAGGAAGAGAGAUCCCAGGAGAGAAUGGCCACCACAGAUGAUACUACUGCCAUGGCCAGUGCAAGUUCUAGCGCUACAGGUAGCUUCUCCUACCCUGAAUAAAGUAAGACAGAUUCUUCACUGUGUUUUAAAAGGCAAGUCAAAUACCACAUGAUAUCACUCAUAUGUGGAAUCUAAAAAAAAAAAAAAAAUGUUGGUACCGUGGAAGUAGAGAGUAGAGCAGUAGUUACAUUACAAUUAAAUAGGAGGAAUAAGUUCUAGUGUUCUAUUGCACAGUAGGAUGACUAUAGUUAACAUUAAGAUAUUGUAUAUUACAAAACAGCUAGAAGGAAGGCUUUUCAAUAUUGUCACCAAAAAGAAAUGAUAAAUGCAUGAGGUGAUGGAUACACUACCUGAUUUGAUCAUUAUACUACAUAUACAUGAAUCAGAACAUCAAAUUGUACCUCAUAAAUAUCUACAAUUACAUGUCAGUUUUUGUUUUUUUUUUUUAAUUUAUGAAAACAAAUGAGAAUGGAAAUCAAUGAUGUAUGUGGUGGAGGGCCAGGCUGAGGCUGAGGAAAAUACAGUGCAUAACAUCUUUGUCUUACUGUUCUCUUUGGAUAACCUGGGGACUUCUUUUCUUUUCUUUUCUUCUUGGUAUUUUAUUUUCUUUUUCUUCUUCUUCUUCUUUUUUUUUUUUUAACAAAGUCUCACUCUAUUGCUCUGGCAGGAGUGCAGUGGCGCAGUCUCGGCUCACUGCAACUUCCGCCUCCUGGGUUCAAGCGAUUCUCCUGCCUCAGUCUCCUGAGUAGCUGGGAUUACAGGUGUGUGCCACCAUACCCGGCUAAUUUUUGUAUUUUUUAGUAGAGAUGGGGUUUCACCAUGUUGGCUAGGCUGGUCUCAAACUCCUGACCUCAGGUAAUCUGCCCGCCUCAGCCUCCCAAAGUGCUGGGAUAACAGGUGUGAGCCACUGCACCCAGCCUCUUCUUGGUAUUUUAAAAUGUUGUUACUUUUACUAGAAUGUUUAUGAGCUUCAGAAUCUAAGGUCACACGUUCGUUUCUGUUUAUCCAGUUAAGAAACAGUUUUGCUAUUUUGUAAAACAAAUUGGGAACCCUUCCAUCAUAUUUGUAAUCUGUAAUAAAAUAACAUGGAAUUGGAAUAGUAAUUUUCUUGGAAAUAUGAAAAAAAUAGUAAAAUAGAGAAAAUAAUUUUAAGUGUUAGUAUUUUUAUUUCUUUAUUAUUUUUAGUUUAUCAUCCUGCAAAAUUAAAAAUUAUAUCCCUGGAUCUUGUUAAGUCGAAAUUAAACUGUAAUAAAUGAAA